AUGCCCAUUUUGUGGAAGGACAAGGAAAAACUUUCAAGUUUGUUUUUUUGUCUCCCGAAAAUGGAUGAGGAAGAGAUUGACUUCAAAGUUGAAGCAGAAGCUGUGAUAGAUGACAUUGGUUUCACCGUCAAAUCGAUCAGCGUUUCAAGGAAGCUUCCCUCUUCUCGCGAGUGUGUUUACUUGAAUGUGCUGACUAAGGAAUGUAAAAGCCUGUGCAUUGAACUUAGUGUCUUAGGAUUUCGGGCAAGUUAUGUUUUUUUUUCUCCAUGCCUUAGUUAUUCAUCGCUCUGUGCUAUAAUGAACAAUGAGUUUGAAAUUAUGAAUAUAUGAAAGUGAGUUGUUUGCGAUAAAGUGAGUCGCAAAAACAAAACCCGGCGGUAAUUUCACCUCACGUACGACUCGUUAUUAUAAUUUUUCUACUGAAAAGCCGCUUUCACCGCUGCAAUAGAUAAAUAAAUAAAUACUAUUACUGCAUUAAAGCUUUCACUUAUUUUGCAAGACUACAUGCAGGAAAACGAUCUUCUACAGCUACCACCACAGAAUUGAACAAAGUAGUAUGGACAUUCCAAGGCAAUUUUAUUUCAACGACGUUAAUAUGUUUGUUGUUUUGUAUAUAUAAUAUAAUAUAAUAAUAACUUUAGGCCACACNCAUUGGUUUCACCGUCAAAUCGAUCAGCGUUUCAAGGAAGCUUCCCUCUUCUCGCGAGUGUGUUUACUUGAAUGUGCUGACUAAGGAAUGUAAAAGCCUGUGCAUUGAACUUAGUGUCUUAGGAUUUCGGGCAAGUUAUGUUUUUUUUUCUCCAUGCCUUAGUUAUUCAUCGCUCUGUGCUAUAAUGAACAAUGAGUUUGAAAUUAUGAAUAUAUGAAAGUGAGUUGUUUGCGAUAAAGUGAGUCGCAAAAACAAAACCCGGCGGUAAUUUCACCUCACGUACGACUCGUUAUUAUAAUUUUUCUACUGAAAAGCCGCUUUCACCGCUGCAAUAGAUAAAUAAAUAAAUACUAUUACUGCAUUAAAGCUUUCACUUAUUUUGCAAGACUACAUGCAGGAAAACGAUCUUCUACAGCUACCACCACAGAAUUGAACAAAGUAGUAUGGACAUUCCAAGGCAAUUUUAUUUCAACGACGUUAAUAUGUUUGUUGUUUUGUAUAUAUAAUAUAAUAUAAUAAUAACUUUAGGCCACACCUUCAAAAUUUCUUUUCCAGCAAUAAUAAUAAUACACUGAUUUAUCCUGUCCUUGUACUCCCUGCAUUAAGACCUAAAAAUCAAUAUUGUUUGUAUUUGUUACAGGUCAAAAUUAAAUUCAGGUUAAAUUUUCUUGCAGUACUCCCUCCCCCCACCCUAUACAAAGUUGAAAAUUAAAAAAAGUUAAAAAGGUAAAAAUUCUGCAUGCGUCAAAUGUUGUUUGUGGGGUGAGGGGAGGGGUUGGCCCUUUGUGAAUUGGAAGCAACCCAGAAAUGCAAAAGUGCCCGAAGACUUUUGUCCAUGAUUGUAGUUUGAUUUUUGUAAUUUCCUUUGUCUCCUAGCUCUAAAUUAUUUAUGAAUUAUGGUCAGAAUCAAAGACAAAAGAAGUUGAGAAUCAACAUAGGUUAAAAAAUUUUGACCUGAAUUUCAUGUUUACCUGUAACAUGUUCAAUGUUGUCAUUUAAUGCUUAUUUGAAAAAUUAUUCAACAUUUUAGGUUGUUGGUGAUAACUUUGAUGAGAAUCAGGAAGCAAAGGCAUCUAAGUAUUUUGAGACAAUGUAUGCUUUAUUAGAUUCAGUUAGUCCUGGAUAUUCUCAAUCAUUUGGAGAAGCUCUUAUAAAGAAACUCUCUUCACUCCAACCUGAUGGAGCUGUUGAUGAUGAUCAAGCUAACUGUGAUAUCCCUGAUGAGAAGACUGAAGAUGUUACAACUGCGUCUUGA